GCAAUUACCAGGUGCAUUUGGGUUUGAGUACAAAUACCGAGGUCGUGCCGCAUUUGGAACAGCAUGAGCCAAAUCCAGACUACCUGGUCACUAGUAAAGCUUUCAACAUGCGUCUUUCUUGGAUCCUCGCAACGGCGCUCAGUGCAUGUGCGGCCGUCUCGCAAGAUACCCCGGAGCCCCAGACGCCGAAACUAACGUAUCUAUACACUCUUACCGCCCUGCUUAACUCUUCGAUUGAGAUUGGAACGGGAAUGUACAGCGAUCGCAAAGCAAUACCUAUCAUAGGCGGCAGUUUCAGUGGCCCUCGGCUGAAUGGCACUGUACUCGACCUUGGCGCCGACUGGGGCCUGACGGACCAGAAAGGCGUAUUUCAUCCUGAUACGCGGUAUAACCUGAGGACGCAUGAUGGCGCAAACAUCUACAUCCAGACGAGUGGAUCGCAACAGCCUAACGGCAAGAUCUACCUCAGACAGAUAUUUGAGACUGGCAGCGAUGAUUACUAUUGGCUGAACAAUGUUGUGUCGGUGGGGGUGUUGACUUCUGGGGCGGGUAGUGUGACUAUCGAGGGGUGGACUCUGGACCUGUGAUGGUUGUUUGAUCAUAAGAGGAGAGGUUGUACGCUGUUUUUC